AAUAGGACAGCUUGCCCACACGUACCUGUAUUCUUCCAGGGUUGCCUAGCGCAUUUAGCAUGGGGUCAUGUGCAUUAGGUGCCUUAUUAGACCAAUUGCCUACCAAUUAUUAAUAUUUGCAGCACUCUCUAAUAACGACAGAUCUCUUUAAAAGGCAGGACGGAACUAGGAAACGAGCCACAGUUUCUUGUGGCUCAAAUUCUUCCUGUGGCUACGAAUAUAUCUACAUGUACCGUUAGGAGCUUUAGGUACAUGGUUAUUGAUUGGUACAAGCAGGUCAGUGAAGCAGGUUGUAAGUAAGGUUCUAUAUACCAUAAAUAGGGACCAAUAGAAGAUUCAUCAAGACCAAACCAUACCACUACUCUAAUGACCACUACUCACUUCCUAGCCUUUCCUCCGAGUCCGCUCGACAACGGACCCGAGGACUCGCGAUCCCGUGACAUCCUCAUCUUCUUCAUCCCUGGUAAUCCGGGACUCGUUGACUACUAUGAGCCCUUCCUAUCAACUCUUCGGGAACUCCUAGACGAGGCAAAAUCACUUGAGCAUAUACGCUUUCACAUCUACGGCCAGAAUCUAGCCGGAUUCCUCGACGAUGACCACGAACCUUUCACUUCGCAGAGGACACCAUAUAACCUCCAAGACCAGAUCCAGCAUACGCUUGCAGCCCUAAAGAGGCUACGCGUCGACUCGGGACCACGCAAAGGUCUUCCAUACGACGAGGUCCUACUCAUUGGACAUUCUGUAGGCAGUUAUAUUGCCCUCGAGCUCUUUCAUCAGCUCUUGCGCGACCCGGAUUUAGCUCCGCAUUUAAAUCUUGGGUCCGGAAUCCUCCUGUUCCCGACUAUCCACCACAUAUCACACUCCCCAAGUGGGAAGAAACUCGACUUACUCCGCCAAACACCCAUACUAGGCGACAAUGCCUACCGGAUCGCGCAGGCAUUCCUGCGCCUGUUCCCCCAAGGCGCCCUCCGGUGGAUCGUGCGCAGCGUAAUGGGAUUCCCAGCUCACGGAGCAGAAGUAACAACACGUUGGCUUAAGAGCCGGGACGGGGUGUGGCAGGCGCUGCAUAUGGGCAUGGACGAAAUGCAAGUCAUCGGAGAGGACAAGUGGGAUGAAGAAUUGUGGGAAAUUGCUCACGAAGCAGAGACGCACGACAAAGUCAUACCCAAAUUCUUUUUCUUCUUCGGCAAACACGAUCAUUGGGUUGCGAAUCACUACAGGGACGACUUCAUCCAGAAGAGGCAGAAGCAAGUCGAACGCACAAGACUCAUAGUAGAUGAAGGAAACAUCCCUCAUGCGUUUUGUAUAAGACAUAGUGAAGCCGUUGCUGAAAAAGUGAGUUUGUGGAUUAACCAGAUAUACAGUCCUAGCUACGGGAGAGAACUAGAUACGACAACGACGUCUUCAAAGAACUAGACUUAUGGGGAAAGCGUCCGUGAUAUUGAGGGAAGGAGACGAUAUAUGGAAUA